UGAGCCGAUAAUAUAUAGCAGAGACAUUCUUACUAGCACAUAAAAUCCAUACGGAAGCGAUCACUGCAAGUUUAAAGUUCUUUCCAUGCAGCACAUUGGUAUUUCAUGAAUUCGACUUAAAUUAACGAUAAAAAACACGUAACUUUAAAAAUAUCUUCAAAGAUCAUUACUUUUCAAAACUAAGAGCUUGUCAUAAGCCUCCGUAGCAUAGUGGUAUUGCGUUCGCUUCGUAAGCGAAAGGCCGCGAGUUCGAUCCUCGCCGGGGGCUUUUAUUAUUUAUUAUAUUCUUCUAUGCAUUUUGCUUAGUUAUGAAUAUAACAUUUGAAUUCUCUUGUCCAAUAAUUUUACUGUGAAAAUCUGUAGAAAAGCCACUACAGGAGAAUCCCAAUUCUUCUCCUCGGAGAUUUCUAAGUAAAAACCCUAGAAAUAAAAGCCACCACACACAUAUAAUAAUAGUGUAUACUCAUCGCUCGUCUCUGUCUUUCUUCUCUUCAGUCUCAUCUGUUGAGAUUUCUUCUUCUCUUCUCAUCUUCCAAGUUUAUAGAUUCAUCGCAAGUACUCAACCAACUCUUUCGGAGAUUUGAGAUUGGAAUGCGACAAAAUAGAGAGAGAGAGAUGGCACUCGUAGAAUCAAAUGCUCCAUUGGCGGAUCCACACAUUGUUGGGAACGCGUUUGUUCAGAAAUACUACAACCACUUGUACGAAUCACCAUCACAAGUGCAUCGGUUCUAUCUCGAGGACAGUGUUUUAGGGAGGCCUGGUUCUGAUGGAGAGAUGGUCUCUGUCAACUCCUUGAAAGCUAUUAAUGAGCAGAUCAUGUCCUUUGAUUACGAGAACUCAAAGAUUCAGAUUUUGACUGCUGACUCCCAAGCUUCUUACAAGAGUGGAGUUGUUACUUUGGUCACUGGCUUACUCACCGUGAAAGAUGGGGAGAGGAUGAGAUUUUCUCAGUCUUUUUUCCUCGUGCCGCAGAAAGGAAGCUACUUUGUGCUCAACGAUGUGUUUAGGUAUGUCUCUGAUGAGCUUGUUGCUGAACCUGAAGCUAACAAGAAGGAGGUUGAGGAGGAGGUGGAGGUGAUUCCUCAAGUUGCAGAAGCAGUUGCCAUCCCUACUCAACAGACAACUGAAACUUUGGUGAAGGAACCGGCGAGAGCUGUAGAAAAUGUGGAUGCUCCCAAGAAAUCAUUUGCAGUAAUUUCCCCGGCUAAAGUUGGUGCUGCAUUCAACGUCAAAGCUUCUUCUCCUGCAAAGCCUGUUAAGAAGCUGAGCGCUGCUCUUGAGUCCAAAGCUCCUGCGCCUGUUCCCCAAAUCGACCAAUCAGCUGAGGGUGGUUCUAUAUUUGUUGCGAACUUGCCUAUGGAUGCGACACCUGAGCAGCUCAAUGAAACAUUCAAAGGGUUUGGUGUUAUUAGGAAAGAUGCUAUCCAAGUUAGAAGUUACAGGCUAAAGGGAAACUGUUUCGGGUUUGUGACAUUCGAGUCUGCUGAAGCUGUGAAGUUGGUCCUCCAGGCUCACAAGGAGUCAGCAAUAAGAAUCGGGAACAGAAGAGUUUCUAUAGAAGAGAAACGAGGCAACAAUGAGAAUAGCAGACCCUCAUUGAGAAACGGAGGUUACAGGAGCGAGAACGGUUACAGAAACGACGGGUUUAGGCCUAGGGGCUACGGUUUCAACGGAGGAGGAGGAGGCCAUGGAGGAAAUGGAUAUGAGAGAAGAGGAGAAUCACGCAAUGCUGAGGCCAAUAAUAAUGGUGAUGGCAGCAGAGCUUAUCAGAAUGGUUUGGUGAAAUCUAGCCGUGAAAAUGCUCAAGCCAGAGGCUAAAGAGAGUUUUAAAACUCUGUCGUUGUUGUUGUUUUUGCUUUAUUCAUUUGAAAUUGAGAAUCUGAAAGUUUUUAUAGGAAGAGGAGAGAGGUAGAGAUCAGAAGUUUUGUUGACACUCCUUUCACUUGAGAUUUUGAUAAUUUUUUUAACGCCUGAUAUUUUGCUCGCA